CAAUCGUGGCUUACAGCCAGUGUUUUGUCGCUGUCGCGGCAACAGGCAGCUUUUACCGGCCUUUUACCGGAUUUUUACCAAUAUUUUUUACCGUGAGUGUUAUUUUUUUUUUCGCCGGUAUGGGGAACAAAGUUGUCACCUUCACGGAACAGCAGCUAGAGGAUUAUCAGGACUGUACAUUUUUUACAAGGAAAGAAAUACUUAGAGUUUUCAAACGCUUCAGAGAAGUGAACCCCGCCUUAGUACCAAAGAGAAUGACCGAGAAUCAACCACACACCGUAGUGGUACCAUUAGAAGAAAUAGAAAAGUUGCCUGAAUUAAAAGAGAAUCCAUUCAAGCGUCGAAUAUGUCAGGUGUUCUCCCACGAUGGUUCGGGAAACCUGACGUUUGAGGACUUCUUGGACAUGAUGUCAGUCUUCAGCGAAGCUGCACCUAGAGACGUAAAGGCUUGGUACGCAUUCCGCAUCUACGAUUUAGAUGACGACAUGUACAUUGGACGGGACGACCUCCUCGAAGCUACAAGGCUCCUCACUAAGGGAGAACUUCAUCCUCAGGAGAGAGAGGAGAUCGUGGCCAGCGUGUUGGAUGAAGCUGACGUGGAUGGAGACGGGAGGCUCUCCUUCAUGGAUUUCGAACACGUCGUGGUACGCGCCCCCGAUUUCCUCUCCACAUUCCACAUCAGAGUUUAAUUCAAAUAAAACGAUCCCGAGUA